CGCUAAAAAAGAUCCUAACUUCAAUAGAAGUAUCUGGGCGGAUGGUCAAAUGGGCGGUCGAGCUAUCAGAGUAUGACAUCCGGUACGCUCCGAGACCUGCGAUAAAGGCGCAGAUCCUGGCGGAUUUUAUCGCAGAAGGGGUGACCCUCGAAACAACACCAGAAGGAGUGUGGGAGGUUUACGUGGAUGGCGCGACAAGCAAACAUGGUGCCGGCAAGGGAGUCGUCGUACGCACCCCCACGGGUGUUGUGCACGAAAUAGCAAUCUGGUUCGGAGCUCUGAAGACGAAUAACGCAGCCGAGUACGAAGCCAUCCUAGCAGGAAUGACAGCCGCCAACGACUUGGGCCCUAGAACAAUCAUGGUGCUCUCCGAUUCAUCACUAGCAGUUAACCAACUGAAUGGAGCCUUCGACGCCAAAGAAGACGCGCUCGCACAUUACAUGGAGCGUGUCAAACAACGGGCAAAUGCCUUCGAGGCGGUGACAUACGUGCAAAUACCUAGGGAAGAAAAUAUGCACGCCGAUGCGCUAUCAAAGUUAGCCACGGCCACCGACUUUGAGUCAACGCGCCUGGUGUCGGUGCAGAAAGAGGAAGAAGAAACCCGCCAAGGGCUGUGGUCAACACCACUCAAACAGCACAGGACGAUGACUGGCGAACACCGAUCAUAAGGUACUUGCAAGACGGCGCGGUGCUAGAGGAUGCCAAGGAGGCAUGGACGUUAAGACAAAAGGCGGCUCGAUGCACCCUAAUUGGAGCGGAAUUGUACCGACGGUCAUACUCGGGAGCAUACCUAAAAUGCAUCGGUGAAGAAGAGGCACACUCCAUGGUUCACGACCUGCACGAAGGACUUUGCGGGAUGCACGCCGGUGCGCGCAGUAUGGAGCGCACGAUACUAUUGCACGGAUACUAUUGGCCGCGAGUAAAAAAAGACACAAAGA